CUAAGACAUAAUACAGUGCAAACAAACCAAACCAACCACCCACAGAUAACAGUACAUACAAGAAAGCGUCGUCAGGCAGGCCGGGUCAAUAUCAAUAGGGCAGGUAGGUACAGGGGGAGCAAGCGGAGAUGGGUCGGGGUCACAGGCCAGGUUCAGCAGGUAGCAAGCAGCGUGGUACAGAGGGUCAGGCAGAGGGAUGGUCAGGAGCGAGCUGGGAUCAGAGCAGGAGAAGUCAGCAGCGGUUCAGAUCAGGCAGGGUCAGCAAAGGAACAGAAACAGGAUGCAGGACAGAUACAGGGCCCAGGACAAACACAACACCAAGGCAGAGUCUGCAAAUCUGGCCAU